AUGGCACCAAAUCGCUUCAAUCUGAGCUCUGCAGGCAGACUUCGCCGCCAAAUGAACCAAGUUCUUGCAGAAACAUUUGCCCAACAGAAAUAUUAUCAAUUGCGCUUUUUGACAUUACUUAUUGGUUUCAGCAAAAUCUUCCACGCUAUAGCACUCAUGUAUAUGUACAUGCAACAAAUUCCGUUUUCCGAGAAAUAUAAGACCAACUUGAUUUUGUCCAUUACAGGAACUCUCACUUACGUAAUUCAAUACGGAAUUUCAAUGGUCUGGUGGAAACAUUACUACGGUACAUUCGCUCGCGAGUCAUCAUCAAAUAAUAAUCUUAUUGUUUGCAUCCAUACUCCAUGGUACACAGGAAAAUAUGUUAUAACAAUUUAUUUAAGUCCGAAAACCACAUAUUUCCAGAGAUUAACAAAUGAAGUCUACCACGAAGAGAUAGAAUUCGCUAACUACUUUACAGAAAGUGGUUAUUUCCUUGAAGAAAAAUGGAAAGCUAAAGUCUUGAACAUUUACAACCAAUCUCUCUAUGCUAAGAACAAAUAA